GUUUUUUACUUUUUUUAGUCUGCUUGUUAUGCUGGUGCACCCAUUAGCCGUGGCUGAAUGAAGACUCUGAUGAAAGAAGGUUGUAACAACAAGUGGUUAUGCACAAGUUGGACUCAAAAGUUCUGGCCUUUUCUCACAACCCAUGUCUCCCUUUCAAGCUUAUGCGAUUUCUCAGUUCAAUACAAACCACAGUUGCUGAUUCUUACCAAUCUACGUUCCAUUCCAAUCAGCUACUUAAUGGGCUAUCAAAAUCUGGAAGAAUCGACGAUGCCCGGAAACUGUUUGACAAAAUGCCUCAAAGGGAUGAGUACUCUUGGAACACCUUGAUAUCUGGUUAUGCUAAUGUGGGAAGAUUGGUUGAAGCUAGAGAGCUUUUUGAUGGGUUUGAUAAUAGGGGUUCUAUCACAUGGUCCUCACUCAUAUCUGGGUAUUGUAGAUUUGGGAGUGAAGCUGAAGCUUUUGACUUGUUUAGGAGGAUGAGGUUGGAGGGUCAGAAACCCAGCCAGUUCACUUUAGGAAGUGUUCUGAGGAAGUGUUCAGCAUUGGGUUUGAUCCAAAAUGGGGAAAUGGUUCAUGGGUAUGUGGUAAAGAAUGGAUUUGAAUCCAAUGUGUUUGUUGUCACUGGCCUUGUUGACAUGUAUGCAAAGUGCAAGCACGUUUCGGAAGCUGAGAUUCUCUUUAAGGGGUUGGACUUUGAUAAGAAAAAUCAUGUCCUGUGGACUGCCAUGGUUACUGGUUAUGCUCAAAAUGGCGAUAGUCAUAAGGCAAUUGAGUUUUUUCGUUAUAUGCGCGCGGAAGGGGUUGAGUCCAAUCAGUUUACUUUUCCUACCAUAUUGACAGCAUGUUCUGCUGUUUCAUCUAAUUGUUUUGGACAACAGGUGCAUGGUUGCAUUCUACGGAGUGGUUUUGGAUGCAAUGUAUAUGUUCAGAGUGCGUUGGUUGAUAUGUAUGCAAAAUGUGGAGAUUUAGGUAGUGCAAAAAGGGUAUUAGAAACUAUGGAGGAUGAAGAUGUUGUUUCGUGGAACUCUCUGAUAGUUGGGUGUGUGAGACACGGAUUUCAAGAGGAAGCUCUGCUCUUGUUUAAAAAUAUGCAUGCAAGAAAUAUGAAGAUUGAUGAUUAUACAUUCCCAUCUGUCCUGAACAGUUGCAUAGUGGGUAGUAUCGAUGCAAAAUCUGUUCACAGUUUGAUAAUUAAAACUGGAUUUGAGAACUAUAAGCUUGUUAGCAAUGCUCUUGUUGACAUAUAUGCCAAGAUUGGGGAGUUGAACUGUGCAUAUGCAGUGUUUGAAAAGAUGCUUGAGAAAGACGUGAUCUCAUGGACUUCCCUUGUAACUGGCUAUGCACAAAAUGGCUCCCAUGAAGAAUCCCUGAAGAUUUUUUGUGACAUGAGAGUUGCAGGGGUAAGUCCGGACCAAUUUGUUGUUGCAAGUGUUUUGAGUGCCUGUGCAGAACUAACUGUUUUAGAAUUUGGUAAACAAGUGCAUUCAGACUUUACUAAAUCAGGCCUUAGAUCAUCACUGUCGGUGGAUAACUCUCUUGUAUCCAUGUAUGCAAAAUGUGGAUGCUUGGAUGAUGCUGAUACCAUUUUUGUUUCGAUGCAAGUUCGGGAUGUAAUCACUUGGACAGCUCUUAUUGUUGGUUAUGCACAGAAUGGUAAGGGAAGAGACUCCUUGAGAUUUUAUGAUGCUAUGGUUUCAAGUGGCACAAAACCAGAUUUUAUCACAUUUAUAGGAUUGUUAUUUGCUUGUAGCCAUGCUGGUCUGGUGGACGAUGGUCGCUUGUAUUUUCAACAGAUGAAUGAUAUUUAUGGAAUAAAACCUGGCCCUGAACACUACGCAUGCAUGAUUGAUCUUUUCGGACGCUCAGGGAAGCUGGACGAGGCGAAAGAAUUACUUAACCAAAUGGAUGUAAAACCAGAUGGAACUGUAUGGAAGGCACUCCUUGCUGCUUGUAGAGUGCAUGGAAACUUAGAGCUGGGAGAGAGGGCAGCUACAAAUCUUUUUGAGCUGGAGCCGAUGAAUGCUAUGCCUUAUGUUAUGUUGUCUAACAUGUAUUCUGCAGCUCAUCAAUGGGACGAUGCUGCGAAAAUUCGACAGUUGAUGAAGUCGAAAGGAAUAGUUAAGGAGCCUGGAUGCAGUUGGAUUGAGAUGAAUAGCAGAGUGCAUACCUUCAUUUCUGAAGAUAGAGGACAUCCAAGGGAAGUUGAGAUCUAUGCCAAGAUUGAUGAAAUUAUGAUAAGGAUUAAGGAGGCUGGUUAUGUUCCAGAUAUGGGUUUUUCUUUGCAUGAUUUGGAUAGAGAAGGAAAGGAGGCUGGUCUUGCCUAUCAUAGUGAGAAACUGGCUGUUGCUUUUGGACUACUUGCUUCUCCACCAGGUGCACCAAUUCGGAUAUUUAAGAAUCUUCGAGUUUGUGGAGAUUGUCAUUCUGCUAUGAAAUAUAUUUCAAAAGUUUUUACUAGGCAUAUCAUAUUGAGGGAUUCAAAUUGUUUUCAUCAUUUUAGAGAAGGGGAAUGUUCUUGUGGUGAUUACUGGUAGGAUUUUUUUAAUCUUAAUAUUAGUUCCCCAUCCAAUUUCAAGGGGGAACUGAUACAUGUGAUGUGACUAUUAUUCCAAGCUUUUGGAACUUUGUUACACAAAA